AUGGCGUCUCGGCAGCUGGACGACAAAAAUUCGCACAGAAAGCCCAAGGCACGCCCCCGGCCCGUCAACCCCAUCACUGCGGCAAUUCAGAACUGGAUCACUGCAUCUCUUCCGCCGUUGGAAUCUGACGGCCAGGAUUUACGAAAUGAGAGUCUAAUAAACUCCGCGCCUAAACGCUUUACCAUUUAUGAGCCUCUCGCCUUGCUCCCGACUGGAAGUUUCACAAGCGAAACAUGGGCCUCCAUCUUAGGGGUCUGCGAUGAAGCUGUCUGUAACUCAUUGUGGCAAUCCAUCUUGCAAGAGAUUUCCAAGACUGGGCAAGGGGUCGUGACGCAUCUAGCUGUUAACGAGGGCAUACCGCUGCACAAGGCAGGAGAGGAGGACGAGAAUGUGCGAAGGAGCCCAAGCGGGCUGAGGAUGCUCUUUGGGGACUUUGGACCAUCAGAAGGCGUCGGAGAUUACCCUACCAAGAGUGACUUUGAAGGCGCCUUUUGGGUUGGCACGAAGCAAAACGGGAUAUUCCAGAAGUGGGCGCCGAGAUGGACCAUGUUUUCUCGUGGCAACGUGAAGGAGAAGGCACGGCUGUUGGGAUUCAAUCGUCCUUCUCUGACCAAGAGAACCAGAGAGGAGCAGGGGGAGAUCUGGGCGGUUGAUUUGUAUGCCGGAAUUGGGUAUUUUGUGUUUUCCUAUGCGGCGCUAGGGAUGAGGGUUUUGUGUUGGGAGAUCAAUCCCUGGAGUGUCGAGGGACUUCGACGUGGUGCUUUGGCUAACAAGUGGAGUGUCAAAGUUGUUGAGGGAGACGAUUUGCUACUGCCGGUGAGCCAACUCCUGGCUGGAGAAGAGAGGAUCAUUGUCUUUCUAGAGAGCAAUGAGAAGGCGCUGGAGCGGGUUGGGGAGAUGCAAGAGACGGGACUCGCAAGGAACAUUGAGCACGUCAACUGCGGCUUCUUGCCCACGAGCGAGCCGGUCUGGAAAAGCGCUUGGGAAGUGACAAGGUUUGCUCCGGAAGCAUGGCUGCAUUUGCACGAGAAUGUCGGCGUGGGGGAUAUCCAGUCCCGGCGAGGAUCAAUUCAAGGGACCUUUGAGGCGUGGGCUGCUGCUUCGGGAGCAGAUUUGAGGACUCCAAAGGUUGAGCACGCUGAGCAGGUCAAGACGCGGUAG